CCGCCUUCUCGGAACCGCUGGGAGCAGGAGUUUAAAGAUGGCGGCGAUGGCGGCUGUGAGCGGGGGGCGGCUGUGCUGAGCGGGACAGCUCCGGGACCAGCAGCCCGCGGGGAGGAGCGGCCGGGACAACGGGCAUGGCCCAGAUUGAGAGAAGAAAAGGAGCCCUGCUUGUCCAGUGAAGAUGCAGUCUUAGUCCUCAGCUAUUUAAGCUGAAUGCAUUGUGAUUUCCAAUAAUUGAGACAGUGAUUCUGAAAGCUGUCUACAUUAAUGAAAAGAACAAUGUAGUCAGCUUAACUGAAUCAUCAGUGUUGCAUAUUGAAUAGGACAUGAUAACCCAGUCUUGAUGGACUUAUGCAUGUUAGGAAUAUAGAUAAAACAUAUAUUGAAAGCAUUGUGGUUUCUUAAAACAGUAGUUUUACAGUUUAAAAAAUGGAGAAAUACGAAAAUGUACCACCCCUCCCUAAAGAACCUGCAAGAGAAAUGAAUAUGGAGAAUCACACUUGUCCCCCACCUCUGCCGCCUAAUGAACAGCCUCCACCACCUCCCCUGCAAACGUCCAGUGACGCAGAGGUAAUGGACGUUGGCUCUGGUGGUGAUGGACAGUCAGAUACCCCUGCUGGGGACACGCACAGUAUCUGCAGAACACAGCUGCUCACAAAGGGAUCUGCCUGCUACAAAAGUCGUCUUAUUAUAGACCCUAACAAUAGUGACCAAAGCCCAAGAACUGCUCGUCAUGCACCUUCAGUUCGAAAGUUCACCCCAGAUCUUAAGUUACUUAAAGAUGUAAAGAUCAGCGUUAGCUUUACAGAAAGCUGCAAAAGCAAAGAUAGGAAAGUUCUUUACACUGGAAUCGAGCAGGAUUAUAAGGCAGAUGCAGAUUUUGGUAUUAAUAAUGUCAAUGGGGAUUUGCAUGUCUGUCCUUUUGGUGGUAGUAAUGGUAAAGCUGUAGGUAUAGGGGGUGAAAAUGAUGACAAGAAGGAUGAUGAGAAUGAUGUUGAUCAGGAAAAAAGAGUGGAAUAUGCAGUUCUGGAUGAGCUAGAAGACUUUACCGACAACUUGAUGGAAAUAGAUGAAGAAGGAGGAGGGUUCACAUCUAAAGCAAUCGUUCAAAGGGAUAAAGUGGAUGAAGAAACCAUGAAUUACUCAUAUGAGGAUGACUUUGAUAAUGAUGUGGAUGCUCUGCUGGAAGAGGGUCUUCGUGCACCCAAAACAAGGAGAGUAGAAAAUGAGAAAUACGGUGGUGAAAGUGAUCACCAGUCUGAUGGAGAAACAAGUGUGCAGCCAAUGAUGACCAAAAUUAAAACUGUUCUUAAAAGUCGUGGCCGCCCUCCUACAGAACCUUUACCAGAUGGAUGGAUCAUGACAUUCCAUAACUCAGGCAUUCCUGUAUAUCUGCACAGAGAAUCUAGGGUUGUUACCUGGUCUAGACCUUAUUUCUUGGGAACAGGAAGCAUAAGGAAACAUGAUCCUCCCCUUAGUAGCAUUCCCUGCUUGCAUUAUAAAAAAAUGAAGGAAAAUGAGGAAAGGGAACAAAAUAAUGACAUAACCCCAAAUGGGGAAGUAUCACCCAUAAAGCACGUAGAUAAAUCUUCAGAACUGGACUGCCAAACAGAAGAACCAGAUUCCACUGCUGCUGAUUCUGGGCCUUUAGAUGAAAAAGACACCUCAGGGGGAGAUGCGGCACAAGGAGCCUUAGGACAAGUUAAGGCCAAAGUUGAAGUAUGUAAAGAUGAAUCUGUAGAUCUGGAAGAUUUUAGACGCUACCUUGAGAAACGUUUUGACUUUGAACAAGUUACUGUAAAAAAAUUCAGAACCUGGGCUGAGAGACGGCAGUUCAAUCGUGAGAUGAAGCGAAAGCAGGCGGAGUCUGAGCGGCCUAUUCUGCCUGCCAACCAGAAACUCAUUACCUUGUCUGUGCAAGAUGCACCUACAAAGAAAGAAUUUGUCAUUAAUCCCAAUGGGAAAUCUGAAGUUUGCAUACUACAUGAAUAUAUGCAACGAGUCCUAAAGGUUCGCCCUGUUUACAAUUUCUUUGAAUGUGAGAACCCAAGUGAGCCUUUUGGAGCCUCCGUGAUUAUUGAUGGAGUAACUUACGGGGCAGGAACUGCCAGCAGCAAAAAGCUUGCCAAGAAUAAAGCUGCUCGAGCUACACUGGAAAUCCUUAUUCCUGACUUUGUUAAGCAAACCUCUGAAGAGAAGCCCAAAGACAGUGAAGAACUUGAGUAUUUUAACCAUAUCAGUAUUGAGGACUCACGGGUAUAUGAACUGACCAGCAAAGCUGGGCUCUUGUCUCCAUAUCAGAUUCUCCAUGAGUGCCUUAAAAGAAACCACGGAAUGGGUGACACAUCCAUAAAAUUUGAAGUGAUUCCUGGUAAAAAUCAGAAGAGUGAAUAUGUCAUGACUUGUGGCAAGCACACAGUGCGAGGCUGGUGCAAAAAUAAACGAGUGGGCAAACAACUGGCAUCACAGAAAAUCCUGCAGCUUCUGCAUCCACACGUGAAGAACUGGGGCUCUCUUUUGCGUAUGUAUGGUAGAGAGAGUAGCAAGAUGGUCAAACAGGAGACCUCUGAUAAAAGUGUGAUUGAGCUCCAGCAGUAUGCCAAAAAGAACAAGCCAAAUCUGCACAUCCUGAACAAGCUGCAGGAAGAAAUGAAGAAACUGGCACAAGAAAGAGAGGAAACACGGAAGAAGCCCAAGAUGACGAUUGUGGAAUCUGCUCAGCCUGGCAGCGAACCGCUCUGCACUGUUGAUGUCUAAAGGGAGGAUUUCCGAGUAGGGAGCAAUAACACAAACGGAGGAGCCAGAUUUCCAACAACUAUUUUGGAUCUGCUUGCUGCAGAAUGCAAGUUCACUCUUAAAGUCCAAGCUGCUUCAGUUAUGCAUUGUUCUUUGUGCAUCAUCAGGGCAAUAUUACUUUCCUUUUUUUUUUUUUCCUUUUUUUUUUUUCAUACCUCUGAGAUAACGAUGUGCAUGUCAAAGUCUGACCAUUGAGAUCUCUGCUUGGGGAAGAUGCGCAGGACAGGCAUGUUCACACAGGACACGGUCAAGCAAGCACUUUUUCCUUGAAAGUCAUCCAUGUUGUUUGAAAUGGAUGCGUUUUAAGGAUGAAAUUCAGAAUAUCUAUGUACAGGUUAAAGCUGAUCCUAAACACACAUAUAUGUAUAUAUACAAGAAAUAUAUGUACGUGUCUUGUAUGAACAUGCCUAAAACUUUUGGUUUUAAAUCUAGUUGCAUUUCAGCACACAAUAAUAUGCACUGAUAAGACACUUCGGUGACGAACACCUGAAAAUGAUGAGCAAUGUUCCUAUUGCCAUAGGAUUAGGCCAGUAAUGCUGUUUCUUCUGUUUGUUUCGUCUCCUGCCAGGCUUAGUUAUUCAAGGUCACAGUGUGCCGGCUUUUUUUUAAUACUACUUGAAAAGAACAAGUGUACCUGGUAGUGUUAAGAGCAACAGGCUGGAUACUCCAAAUUGUGCUUUGUUUAAUUAAAAAAGAACCGAUGUUCUGACAGGCAGUCGGAAGGGGACAGUGAGGCCCUGCUUUAUCGGAUUAAAGUGAAAACAGGAAUUUGAAAGACUGUUUGCAAAGCGUGGAGCCAAACUGUAACUGAAGAUGGCCGGCAGCUGGAAAUAUUUUGCCAGUGUGGUGUUUAAAGACGUCCCCGUUCCCUUCUGCCAGCAAAAAAGAAGUUUCUCACUUCUUUGGGGUCAGAAUACAGCUGGCCUGACAAAUUCAGUCUUAACUUGCAGCUUAAAAUCAAAAAGUUUUAAAAACAGCAAAGAAAGACUCAAAAAACCCUGAGAAAUCUGAACUGCAGCAAUGUAGGUUUUUUUUAAGCUUUGUUUUUACUUUUCAGUGACAUUUUUAGUGUUUGAGGAGAAAGUGUAACUUCUGCAAUGAAAAUUAGAAUGUAGAUUCAAAACACGACACAGUAAUGAGUAGAAUGUGAGACCAUCACAGGUUGUACGCAUGGAUAGGAAAACCACAGGUAGGCAACUACUGUCAAGUACAGCCCAGGCAGCGCUGGCUGUGCCUGCUGAGGCUUGGUGAUGUUCAGCACAGGAUGCAGUUUGGCUGCAGUGCACGCACUGCUGCGUCAGGAUUCUUCCUUGGUGUUAUUUCCUGGGUGACUGCAGUACAUCCUAGAACCACUUCUGUGGGUUCUUUGGAUUGCUAUUAAAGAAUAGAAGUGAACAGGGGUAGGGCUUCUGCCACUUAGGCAAGAGCUGUCCUGCUCUACUUCACACUCCUGAUGGAGCAGAAGAGGUCAGUUUAGUAAUUGCUGCAGCUCCUGGUGCUUAUCUGGACAGCAGUGUGGGAUGGGGAGGGGCGAAGAGCAGUGAAUGUUCUUGGAUUGUUCAGGGGCUUCUUUCCUUUGUUUUAUUGUUUAAUACCGUGUUACGUGUAGAAUGCUGCAGUAUAAUGAAUAUUGUGCCUACUGGAUCUUAACAAUAUUGGCAUCAGUAUUGUCAGACCUCCUUUUAAUAUCACACCUGUUAUUUUGGGAUUGCAAGGAUUUUAGGUUUUAUCUGAAGCUGUUGUUAUGUGGCUUAUGAUGUCUGAGGUCAAACAGGAGCCUUAGAGCCUCGCCUGUCUGUUCCAAUGGCACUCUCAGAGCUCUGCAGGUAAAUCUACUCAUGAUUCUAUUCAGCUUCUGUUCCGCGAGCUGUAAACCUGUGCUAACAGGAUACGGGUAGUUGGAGGACUGCACAGAAACCAUGAUUUAAAGAAGUGGCCUAUCUUAAAAAACAAACAAAAUGCUGCCUCUGCUGCUUUUCCUUUGGUUUGUUUUUUUAGCAGCGUAGCUUUAACCGAUGUCCAUCUUUCUCUGCAAGGUGUGUAAUACUGGUGCAGUGCUGACAAGCAGGGAUUGCUGUUUGUCUCUCAUUUCUUUCUUUAAUAACGACAGGGCUUAUCUCUUCUAUGCCUCAGUGUGUUACCGCAGUAGGUCUUACUUCGGUUUGUACGUUUUCAGCAGAAUUCCUGUGUGUGGACAGCACUGUAACAGACAAUUCAGCCUCACAGAUCCGUUGUUCUGGAAUGAGAAUGUCCGUGUCUUUGCAGGUCACCUGCACAAUAUCCGUCGAUGCCUCACUUACAGAUUUGGUUUUGUUACUUUUACGAGGAUUGCUGUAUUACCUCAGUCUGUCACUAUCACAUCACAAGGUGACCGCUGCCCUUAAUUAAAACACCCACAGAUCUCAUUGUGAACCAAAGCCUAGAACGUAUAUUAUGCAUUCUAAACAAAAGACAAAGAAGAUGGUAUUAGACCUUGCUGCAGCCUCUAACUGGAGAGACGUCCAGAAAAUAGCGCAAUAACUGCUGGAACAAACAACUGAACUGCUGUUAAUCGUCAUUGUGAAGUAUUCUUGUGUUUUAAUGUUUACUAUUGUUUGGAGUGUAACAGUCUUGCAUUUGCACAUAAGCACGAGCUGCUUUGAUAGAGGAUAGAUCAUUGCGUUAACUUCAGCUUCUGCAUGAACACUUACAGCGUGAUUCAAGAUGUAUCCUAAAUCUGUAUUGUAACGUGUGUGUUUCCUAGGUAAGUGGCUGUAAAGGUUUAGGUCUUGAUUGUACGAAUGCAUAAAAUCAACUGCUGCUUUUGUCACUGAUGUUUGUUCUUUAUCCCUUCUACACAGCAGGGAGGAUGGGUAUUUUUAUAGGAAUGGAGUGUAUUUUGAAGACCUGUUCCCUCCGGGGGUUACAGUUCUUGCUUUGCAUAUUAUGUGCUUCUCAAGCGUGUGGUUGCUGGACUGUCAGGGUUAGUUUGCGUUCUGCUCAUUAAUGGUACUGAUGGAGAACUGACUGUGACUCGUGACCAGACAGAUGCUACCUAUUUGAACACCAGUCGUUCAGCUUUUUCUUAAGUAUUUAUUAGAAACAAAACUGACCCCAGUAGUUGGGUACUCAGAUGUUUGGAGAGACUAUUAUGCAUAAACGUAACUAUUGUAUGUGAACUUCCACGUUCCUGCGCUGCUGUUAGGCUUCAUACAAAUAUAUUUUUAACAUCCAAGUAUUUAAAAGCAUGAUUUAUCUUAAUAAUUCUCUAGCCUGUACUUUGGUUCUGGAGCAAAAUUCAGGAAGUGGUAGCUGCCUGACUUCCCACAGGAAGAAAGGUGAAGUGCAAGAAGCCAUGCUGUUCUUAACCAAAUAAACGUUCAGUUCCAGUAUUCUGAUGUGUAUCUGAGAAGGGAAGGCGGGGGGAAAGAAAGUCAUUCUUAAUGCCCCAGUAGAUAACAAAGGUUGCUGUAUGAAUUGUAGUGGGUGCAGCUGCUUGAUGCCAGUGCUAAAUUGGUACAACUAUAAAGCCUCAUUUCCACUGAGCCUCUGCUUGCUUUUUUCUGCACAAUCAUAUAAGCCUCUGUGUUUGGUCUUUGAGUACUACAUGUGUAUUUUUCAGACAAUUAGUUUUGAGCAAUAAAGUUUGAUAUUAUAAAGUG